GUAGCUCGAGAGAGUCUCUCGGGGGGCUGGAUUAGCCACACGUUGUGGUGAACCAGGAUAAAAUUCGGUGUGCUCCUUCCUUACGCUCUUUACCUUUACGCUCUCGUUUUUGAUUUCCUGCGACUUUGUUUUAAACGCUAUUCACCCCCCCCUCUAGCGUUGGGCCUUUAUUCUAACAAUUGGUAUCAGAGCCUUACUCUCUGUAAGACUUAACCGUUUGAGAGAAACGAUCAAUGGCUUCUACUCAAAGUUCAUACGCAGGUUUAGGAGAAGGGCAAUCCACCACGAGGCCUCCUUUAUUUGAUGGAACAAAUUACACAUAUUGGAAGGAGCGGAUGAGAAUUUUCAUCCAAUCCAACAACUUUCUCCUAUGGAGAAUUAUCAAGAAUGGGGAAGAAGUGCCCAUGAAGAAAGUUGGGGAAACCACCAUUCCCAAAACCGAAGACGAAUACGAUGCGCAAGAUAUCAAGAAAAUAGAGAACAACGCCAAGGCUAUCAACAUUCUUUACUGUGCAGUAAAUCCGGACGACUACCGGAAAAUUUCAUGUUGUUCGACCGCUAAGGAUAUGUGGGACAAGCUCGAAAUCACAUAUGAAGGUACGAAUCAAGUCCGAGAAGCUAAGAUAGAUUUUCUAACCCAUGAAUAUGAAUUGUUUCGUAUGAAGGAGAAUGAGAGAAUCGAUGAGAUGUUUGAACGAUUCUCCAAAAUCGUUAAUGAUCUCCAUGCUCUCAAGAAGACGUACAUGGACAAGGAGCUUGUGAGAAAAAUCCUGCGAAGUCUCACACCGGAGUGGCGCUCCAAAGCCGAUGCCAUUCAAGAAUCCAUCGGCAUCACCAACGUCACCAUUGACGGACUUAGAGGUAAUCUCAAAACCUAUGAGUCUACCAUUCUUUAUCCCUCUCUAGGUGAACAAAAGAAGAAUGGGAUUGCCCUCAAGGCAUCUACAAGCCAAGAACGUGCUAUGGAAGACUCGAGUGACGAAGACGAUUUCGGGAUCGUGCUCAAGAAAUUCCAUAAGUUCAUGAGCCAAGAGUAUGAACGGAAAGGAAAGAAGCAAGGAAGUCCACCCAAAUGCUAUGGGUGUGGAGAAGUUGGGCAUAUAAAACCAAAAUGUCCAAACGCCAAGAACAAGAAGAAAAUGUUCAAGAAGCACCGAGCCUACAUCUCAUGGGGAGAUGAUUCCGGCGACGAGUCAUCGGAAGGCGAAGAAAAUGAAAGCGCCAACCUUUGCCUCAUGGCACACGAGGAACCACCGGAAGAGGAAUCAACGCAAAAGAAACCAUAUUACUUCUUCUAUUAUGAUGAAAAGAAGAAGAUUCACAUACCACUUCCGGAACCCACACAAAUCAAACCAAGGUAUAGACAUUCGGUUCGAGUAGACUGGAACCCGCCAACCGCAAAACGACAAGUUGGCCAAGGAGGUCAAAGAAAACGAUCUCGCACCGGGAAGAACAUUGCUUCCUCCUCGGCUCCUCCACCACCGGCGCACAAGUACCUCGAUGGGUCGUUCCUUUGGUUCAACGACCGCGCAGAGGCAACGCGGUUCUCGGAGAAGUUUGAGUACCGGGAAAUUCUCCCUCCUCGAUUCUCCACUGCCCGUUUUAUUCAUGAUUCCAUUCCACGUGAGGCACGGGUUAUUCUCGAAGGUGGAAACUUCCUCGACCUCCUCUACAUCAAGAAGGCUCAUUAUCAACCUUUUCUUGUUCGAGCCUUCUACUCGAACUUGAAAAAGGAUGAGGACGGAUCGUUGAUUUCAAACGUCAAUGGGGUAGAGAUCUAUUUGAAUGAGGAGAACAUUCAAAUCCUCACCGGGCUUCGACGGGAUGGAAAGGAUCUCGGGCUCUACAUCGGAGAAGAAGGAGCACGGUUCAACGAGACCGCCCUCUUGGAGGAAGUGGGCAUCCGAAACUUCGUCCCCACUCCUCAACAGCGGCGACCUACGAUUUCUUCCAUGAGUCCCGUAUAUCGUUUCAUCUUCUAUGUGUUGACACGGAUCCUCAAGCCCAGGAAGUUCAACCACACCACUCUCUCCCAAGAAGACACGAAGACGAUCCAUGCGAUGAUUCACAACGCCAAUAUCAAUUGGUGUAAAUUUGUGAUGAUCCACAUGUUCCACGCCACCUCCGACAACCGGCCGCUCCCCUACGCUCUUCUCGUCAUGGCAAUCCUUGAUGAGUACCACAUCAAGACGAACGUCGGCCUAAAAUGCAAAGGGACGAAGCAUUGGGUGAUUGACGAGUCCUCCUUCCACUCGGGAACCGAUGAAGCUACGUUCCCGCAGCCUCGUCCUCGUCGCCAACCGAGAGCUACUGCCUCGACUGCCACCGCUUCAACCAAUCUGUCUCUCGCCGAGCAAAUGGCGGCUUUGACAACCACCCUUUCUCGGAUAGACACCAACGUCUCCAAAACGGCACAUAACGUCAAUAUUCUGAGCCGGAGGUUGUUCCCUUGUUGUAAACUCGAAGGAAGUUCUUUGCUCCUUCGUGAGAAGUCUUGGAGUGCGGUAUCUCCAAGCAAAGGUGUUGAGGCUCGUGUGACUCGAGUUCUCAAGUUGUAUCGCUUUGUUAAGCACCCUUAAGCUUAACGGAGUUAGUGUAGCUCGAGAGAGUCUCUCGGGGGGCUGGAUUAGCCACACGUUGUGGUGAACCAGGAUAAAAUUCGGUGUGCUCCUUCCUUACGCUCUUUACCUUUACGCUCUCGUUUUUGAUUUCCUGCGACUUUGUUUUAAACGCU